AUGGUUACGAGUAUGAUGAAACCUGCAGUGAAAAUAGCAAAAAUCCUCUCUCCGCUGCCACUAGUUUUGGUCAACGCAAACAAAACCCUUGUCGUCAAACGUAUUUCACAACUCACAAAUGAAAAAUUGGCUCCCUACUAUAACAACAUUCCUCCUCCAGAGCCCAAACAACCCACCCCUGCAGAUCCCAAACCCCAAACUCUGUAUACUCCCAGUAAAGAAGAAGACUCUGUUUUCAUGGUUGCCCAUUUCAACAGUAAUGAUAUUUCACCCACCCGCCACUUCCCGAUUCUCUCCUCCUACGGCAACCCCUGCCUUGAUCUUUUCUUCCACGUACUCGUAUCAAACGUAGAAGCAGAAGACGACAGCGACAAGCCCCCGGCCUCCAGUUCCUAUAAAUAUCUCAAGCAACUCCUCCCUCUAGCCUGGUCCCACAAUCCCCUGCCCACCCUCAAGCUCAUCUGCAACCUCCGAGACUGCUCCAAUUAUCUUGGAAAAUCUGAUGAAGAAGCCUUCUACGCCGCAGCAUUUUGGCUCCACCAGAACCACCCCAAGACUCUAGCUUGCAACGUCGCCUCUAUAGCCGGCGAGUUUUCCCAGUCUGUCGCCCUUAUGCACGACCUUGUCGGGAUUCUGUACCGCCUUCUACAAGGCCAGGACUUCAGAAGGAGGAGGAAAAAGGAAAAGGCUGCUGGUGGUGGCAAUCAUAAUAAUAAUAGUAUUAGUAUUAGUAGGAGGAGGAGAGAGAAGGUCAUUGAUAUCGCCAUGGCCAAGAAGAAGGUUGUUGAGCGGUACGAGGGCGACCCAAAUUACCAAUUUUUACACGAACGCGUAUUGGAUCUUUUCGCGGAGAAGUUGAAGUCUGAUACUGAAAAACUGAAGAAGCAGGACAUUCACGAGAUAAGCUCGACGUCCUAUUUCUGCCCUUCCAUCGACUCCUCCAUGGAGCGUGCCACAUUGCUGUGUGAAAGCGUUGCGAGAAAGAUUUUCCCGCGAGAAUCGUCCCCAGAAUAUCGAGUUGUUUCGGAGGCCCGUUACGCCUACAGAGUCCGAGACCGGCUCAGGAAGGAGGACGUCAAAGGGGGCAACGGAGGUGGCAAGUGCAACAUUGCGGCGGGUGCUCUGCUUCCAAAUGACAUCGUAGGAUAUGCGGAUGAUGUGGAUGUGGGGCAAGUGGCUGAGCUUCAGUGGAAGGCCAUGGUGACGUGGUUUAAAAAACAGGGCAAGCUGAACAACUGCUUGGCUGUAUGCGACGUGUCUUCGUCUUCCAUGGCGGGGAUCCAAAACUACAUGGAUGUGUCCGUGGGUUUGGGGCUGCUGUUGUCUCAACUGAGUGAAGAGCCAUGCUGGAAAGGGAAGGUGAUCAGCUACAGUCCAAACCCUGAGCUGCGUUUGGUAGGAGGGGAUGAUCUCAAGUCCAAGUGCGAGUUUGUGAGAAGGAUGGACUGCGGCGGCAGCAAAAUUGAUUUGCACAAGGUGUUUGAUUUGAUUCUGGAAGCGGCUGUGAAGGGGAAUUUAAAGGCAGAGCAGAUGGUGAAGAAGGUGUUUGUGUUCACCAACACAUGCUUUGAGGUGGCUAAUUCGGGAAAUGAUAACAAGAAGAGCUGCUGGGAGAGUGAUUAUAAAGCAAUACAGAGCAAGUUUAAGGAGAAGGGGUACGAGGAGAAUGCGGUGCCGGAGAUUGUGUAUUGGAAGUUGGACACGCUGGCAGUGCCUCGUAGACGACCAGGGCUCGCCAUCUUCGGUGGCUUCUCGGCGGAUUUGCUAAAGCUGUUCUUGGAUAAUGACGGCAAAGUUAGCCCAUACCAUGUAAUGGAAGCAGCCAUCUCUCCCAAACACUAUCAAAAUCUGGCCGUAGUGGACUGA